AUGACCACCGAAAACAGCGCCACCGUGCCGGCCUACCUGUCAUACCUACGCCAUCAGCCGUACUUGCCGCCCGCUCCACCGAUCGACGAGAAAGUCGUGCCGGCCUACUGGGCGCAUCAGUGCGCAGUCAGCGGCAAAGAAGAGUGGGACUUUUGGCACGGUGGUCCGCACACCUGCAAACAUGGGUGCGGCUACAAGACGAACCCCACCACGAUUCUGCGCAACAGAGACGGACAGCAGCUGGAGACCAUUGAGGGCGAGAAUCUGCUGGAGGAUCGUUUCGUGGAUUGGUGGGCGAUCUGUUGCCGUUGCCAGCGGUGGCAGCAGAAUGUAUUGCCUGCGCAUCCUCUUCAUGGACGAAUUCAAAAGGUCAAUGGAGAAAACUGUUGCGAUCACUGUCGCAACUUGACGACGAGCACCAGCGACUGCACAAGCUGUCUUGCAAUCACCAAGUACCGCGAAGUCACGCGUACGUUGAGUGGGGUGGAUAUCCCUGGUGCCGCUCGAAGCCGGCAUCACCAGAUCAUAAUCACGAGGCGCCAGCAAUCCCGCCCGAGGUUCAAUUUUGGGGGCGAAUUGUCCGCCAGUUCGACGAUUGGAGAUGAAGAGGAUAAGAAUCAGAAGGGGGAUCUGGAGGAUAUUGAGAAAACGAAGGAAUGCCGAAACGAUGAGGAGGAGAAUGGGAAGAAGGAGCAGGGCAAGGAACGCAAGGGGGAUGAUGAGAAGGUGUUAUAG